GGCAAUGGCGGCGCUCAGUGAGAGGAGCUGGAGCUGGAGCUGGAUGGUGCCGCUUGUUUUUGGUGUGACCCUGUUAAAGUGUUUGCUUAUCCCUGCUUAGUAAGAGCUGCCCCAGAUUAGGGGCUUAAUUAUGAAACUCUUUCUUUGUGUAAAAAAAAGUGUUUCCCCGCUGCAAGGACGGUUCGUGGUGUGAGGAGGGGCCUAGAGGUGCAGCUGCUGCGGUUUAAAGGCGAAUAUUCUGUUGCUUUCUUUUUUGAAAAAGCGAGGCUUCGAUAAAUCUCACUGAAAUCAAAGGCACACGCUUUUAAGAAUUAUAUUCUGACGUUAAAACAAAAUGUUAGAAGGAUGGACAUUCGUGCAACAACAACGUCGUCAUUCAAUCUGUUGUUUAUUUUUCGAGUUCUUUUUCCCCCACUCCUGCAGCUUUUAAUUGUUGGGAUGUUGUAAAUUGGGUUAGAAAUAAGACAGUAAUACGAUCUUUCGCUAGGGGGUUUUGUGGUACAAUGGUAGUGUCCCUAUCUCUGAGCCAGGUGACCUGUGUUCAAGUCCCACCUAUUCCAGAGGUAGAAAAUAUCUGCGGUUGUUUCCUGCAUUGAUUAAGAUUAUUUUCUUUCUUCUGUAGCUUAUAGUCAAUUGUAGUCAUUGCCAGUGCUGAAGAAGACCACCCAGACUAGUUAUAUCCAGCCAGGAAGACCUUUUUGGGUUAAACUGCAGGUCAUUUGUUAUCUGUCAGAGUAGCACACUGCUAGCUACAUUUACCUAGUGAUCACCGUGGUGUAAUGAAAGGUUGCACCUUUGAACCAAAUUGAGUAGAUCUUACUCUACAUCAAGAGUUGAAAUAGCUGUAACUGUAAUUUGUUUAUAAUGCAUAUAAUAAUGUUGAAAUGUAAUUUGAGUAUUUUCAGUUUUUCCUUAAGCCUUUCUUUAAUAGCAGCAUGAGUCACCCUUGAGCCAUCAUGGCUAAUCUUUGAUGUCACUACAUAUGCCUGCUUUUUUUCCUAUAAUACCUUUUUGGUAUAUUCAUUUUCAGAUCCAAAAUGAGUAAUUGAUCAAACUACCAAAGAGAGUUCCAAACUUUUAUAACCCCUUCCAUGUAGACUUAUUUCCCAAUUUCCCUCCUAAAAAGCCUAGAUCUAAUUUUUAAUCUAAGUCCUCUCAUGCUAGAUUUCUCAUUGAUUAAGAUUAUUUCCUUUCUUCCGUAAAUUGUAGUCCUUGCUGAGGCUGUGAAAGAGUGUAGUCUUAUCAUUGAAGAAGACCACCCAAACUAGUUAUAUCCAGCCAGGAAGACCUUUCUGGUGCAAACUGCACAUCAGAACUGCCCAUUUGCUGUUUAUCUGUCAGAGUAGCAUACUACCAACUACAUUUACCAUUUCUCAUUCAACAGAAUUAGUUUUCUAACUGUCUCCUUCAUCAGUUUCCUCUUAAUGUCUUGAUAACUUUGAUUACAACAAUAUCUCUUCACAAUUUAACCCUUGAUGCCCAAAUCUCCACAUUCCUUUCAGGCUUGCGCUUAGCAUAAGUUUUCUAGUGUGGUGCUCAGAACUAAGUACAGUACCCCUGGUGUUAGUUUGUACAACCGUAGCAUGGCAUCUAACUCCUAUUCUCAUCCUCUAGACCUAAAGGAUCCUGUUUUUAAUGUUUUUUAAUGCCUGUACAUGACACUUUACUGAUUUAUUCAUAUCAACUUCUAAAUCUCUUUGGACCACAGUUUCUGACUUUUCACCAUUUGAAAAGCUCUCUGAACUAUCCUUUCUUUUGGAUAAAAGACAAUAACCUUGUACUUGUUAGUAUCAAAAUCCAUUUACUGCAGUUUUAUCCAUUUACUUGCCUUUCUUAAAAAGCAGAAUAACAUGUUUUUUAAUAUCUUGAGGAAAGUUCCUGAGUCAAUAACUUUACAAGUUGCGAUAGUUCGUAAUGUUCUCACUUGAUUCUUUAAAAUCCUGAACUGAAAACCAUCUGAUCCUGGGAUUUCGCAUUCUUUAAUGCUGUCAUUUUCAUAAUAACUGUUAAUAUUAAUUAUGGCUAGUUACCAUUCUGAUUGUUUACCAUUGAGCAGAAACUGAACUGGAUCAGCCAUAUAAAUACUGUGGAUACAAGAGCAGAUCAGAGAGUAGGAAUUCUGCAGCAAGUAACUCCUCACUGACUGUCCACAAUCAACAAGACACAAGUGCUGAGUUUUAUGGAAUACUGUCUACUUGCCUGGAUAAAUGCAGCUGCAACAACACUUGAGAAGCUUGACACCAUCCAGGACAAAGCAGUUCACUUGAUUAGCAACCAACCUAUCUGUCACCUUCAACAUUCACUUCCUUACUGUUGACAUACAAUGGCAGCAGUGUGUACCGUCCAUAAAAUUUACUGCAGAAUCUCCUGAAUGCUCAUUUGACAGCUCCUUCCCAAUCUGUGCCCUCUAGAAUUUAUAAUUCAUGGCGUGCAGUCUAAUUGGGAUAAGUGGGUAAAAGACUUUGAAGCGUUUGAUUAGCCAUGAUCGCAUUGAAUGGUGGGGAGCUGAAUGGCCUACUCUGGUUGCUAUGAUUCCAAUUUAAUUGAUGUCAGUGUUCUGCAGUAGUAAUGACUAUUAAGUAAUAACAACUGAUUAGGUAUAGUUAUAAUUUUAGCUGUUGUGUUUCAGAAGUUUACAUCUAUAUCCAUGACGUGUACAGCUGUUAUUUGAUUAUUUCAUUUGCAGUCAUUCAACAGACUUUGAAGUCCACAGAAACUGGCUGGCAAUAACUCACAGUUUACCUAUUUCAAAGUGGUAUUAUGAAAAACCUUUACGUCAGUAAUUAUUUCUGAUGAAUCUGUGGUAUAAGGUGGAUGAAAAGUUGAAAAGAGGUUAAAUUCAAGUGAGCAAGGAAAGAGCAGUGAAGCAGAAAUCAAUAACCAAACUCUUCAGAGUACAAUGCACACAGCAACUUCACAGUGGACUUUGGACUAUCCACCAUUUUUUGCAUGGUUUGAAUACCUACUGUCUCUCAUUGCACAAUAUUUUGACAAGGAAAUGUUGGUCAUCCAGAACCUUAAUUAUGCCAGUGAUGCAACAAUCCUAUUUCAGCGACUUUCAGUCAUCAUCAUGGAUAUAGUAUUUAUUUAUGGAGUACUGGAGUGUUGUAAGUGUGUCAAUAGAAGACAGGAAUCAAAGGAAAUAAUGGAGAGACCAGCAUUUAUACUUGCAGUGCUGUUACUUUGGAACUUUGGAUUAUUGAUUGUUGAUCAUAUUCACUUCCAAUACAAUGGCUUCUUAUUUGGUGUCAUGCUUCUUUCCAUUGCAAGAAUGUUUCAGGAAAGGCAUUUGGAAAGUGCGCUACUCUUUGCAAUCCUGAUGAACUUCAAGCACAUUUUUCUUUAUGUGGCUCCUGCCUAUGGUAUUUACCUACUACGUUCAUACUGCUUCACUGAGAACAAGCUAGGUGGAUCUAUCCAGUGGAAGAGUUUCAGCUGUUCCCGUCUUUUUGCCUUGGGGUUUAUAGUCUUCUCUGUUUUUGCUAUCUCCUUUGGGCCCUUCAUAUCCAUGGGUCAGCUGUCCCAGGUGCUUGCAAGACUAUUCCCCUUCAAGCGAGGUCUUUGCCAUGCAUAUUGGGCCCCAAAUUUCUGGGCUCUGUACAAUGUGGUGGACAAAGUAUUGUCUGUCAUUGAUGUAAAGUUACAACUGCUGGAUUCUGCCAAGCUUUCAAAGGCAUCAAUGACAGGUGGCUUAGUACAGGAGUUCCAGCAUGCUGUCCUGCCUUCUGUGUCACCAUUCACAACUUUGGUCUGUACAUUGCUGUCAAUAAUGCCUGCUGUUCUCCAACUUUGGUUAAGACCUCGAGGACCUAGAGGGUUCCUUCAAUGCCUAAUCCUUUGUGCAUUGGGGUCAUUCAUGUUUGGCUGGCACGUACAUGAAAAGGCCAUUCUGAUCGCCAUUUUACCUCUGAGUUUGUUAGCUGUGGAAAAUAGAAAAGAUGCUGGAACAUAUUUCAUUUUAGCCACAACAGGGCACUUUUCCCUUUUCCCACUCCUCUUCACAGGACCAGAGAUACCAAUUAAGAUCGGUCUCAUGCUGCUGUUCACUGUCUAUAGUUUCUCUGCUCUUCGAGCUUUGUUCAGGAAAGAGGGAUCACUUGUAAACCUACCAGAAUCCAUCUACCUCAGCGCUCUUGUUCCUCUGCAGGUUAUUUGUGAGAUCAUUUAUCCCCUAACAGCAUGGCAGCAGAGAUUCCCCUUUGUGCCACUGUUGCUCAUCUCCGUUUACUGUUCGCUAGGAGUUACCUACUCUUGGAUUAAACUGUACAUUUCUGUCCUGAUGGAGCCAAGAUCUGACAGGAAGAUGAAAGCACAAUAGUUGAUGUAUUAGUUUUUACGCUUACUCAGAAAUGUGAAUAUGUCGUUAACUUGGAGUAAAAAUAUACAAAUUAUGGAUACAUUAAAGGAAUCGCAUCCCAGACAGAAAGCAAGAAUCAUGGAUGCAAGACAGGGAGCACAGACAUAUUCCAGUCUUGGGACCUUUGCAGCUGAGACGUAGACCUUUAUUUUACUACAGAAUUCAAAAACAUUAGCACUGGGAAUGGCAUGAUAUUUCAAAUAUUGAUAUAUUUCCAGUACCUUUAACAAUAAUGGCCUGGUAUUAUGUCUUUGAUAUUUCAGGGUAAUUUUGUUUACCUGGAAAAUUGUUUCCUGGUCAUUAAAGACUUGUCCUUUCCCUUGUAUAAUGAAAUUCUUGUCAUCCCACUGUCAGUAGACAAUUGGUGUCAAAUGUUUUCACAUUAUUUUGUCAUGCAAAAUUCAUUCCAUGGUGACCGUUAAUGUUAAAAUUAUAUUGGUACUGAAUUGUCAAAUGUAAAAUUGAUAUCAAUUCUGGUCGAACUGCAUUAAUUUUUCAUUAGGUUGAGGUAUACCAUAACACAUAGGAGCAGAGGUAGAUCAUAUAUCCCUUCUUGUCUGAUGCUCCAUUCAAUGGGAUCAUAGUGAUCUGAUCUGAUAUUUCUCAACCGUACUUUCCUGCCUUUUCCCAUGCCCUUGAUUCCCUUACUGAUUUAAAAAUCUAUCUCCGCUUUGAAUAUUCUGAAGGACCCAGUCUCAACAGCUCACUGUGAUAAAGAAUUCAACAAAUACACUAGCCUCUGGCAGAAGAAAUUCCUCAUCAUCUCUGUCUUAAAUGGCCGACCCCUUAUUCUGAGAUUCUAUCCUCUGGUUCCACGCUCACCCAGAAAGGGAAACGACCUUUCCGCAUCUACCCUGUUAAACCUCCUUAGGAAUCUUAUAUGUUUCAAUAAGGCCUCCUCUCACUUCUUCUAAUUGCAAAGGAGUACAAGCCCAACCUACGCAACAUCUCCUCAAAAGAAAAUGUUUCCACACCUGGAUUCGCACCUUCUUUGAACUGCCUCCAAUGCCAAUAAGUCUUUCCUUAGAUAAGGGACCCAAAACUGUUCACAGUAUUUAGGUAAGGACUGACCAGUGCCUUGUCUUGCUGAAACUAUACUUCCCUGUUUUUAUAUUCUUUGAAAUAAAGGCCAACAUUCCAUUUGCCUUUCCUGAAUGAGUAUGUUAGUAUUUUGUGAUUCACAGACAAACCUCAAAUUCCAGUAUGCUGCAGUUUUCUCCAUUUAAAUAAUAUUCAGCUCCUCUAUUCUUCCUGCCACAUUAUAUAACCUUAAACUUUCCAACAUAUUCCAUGUGCCAACUUUUACCCAUUCACCAACUUGCCCAUACCUCUCCAUAGAUUCUUUAUGUCAUCUUCACCACUUGCCUUCCCAUCUGUUUUUGUGUCAUCUGCAAACUUGGCUGUAGUACAUUCACUUUCCUCAUCCAAGUCAUUAAUAAAUAAGUAAAUAAUUAUGGCUCCAGCACUAAUCUCUAUGGUACUCCAUUAGUUACUGGUUGCCAUCCUGAAAAUGCCCACUUUAUCCAACUCUGUCUUCUAUUACCCAAACACCACAGGCUCUUAUUAUUCAGUUGUUCACUGUGCGGUAUCUCAUUGAACAACUUUUGGAAAUCCACGUAUUACAUCUACUUGUUCCUCUUUAUGUUACUGUUACCUCCUCAAAGAGUUCCAAUGUAUUUGUCAGGCAUGAUUUCCUCUUCAUGAAGCCCUGUUGACUCUGCUUGGUUAUAUUUCUAAAUGCUCCACUCUUACAUCCAUUAUAACAGACUAACAUUUUCCAGUUGACAGAUAGGAAGCUAACUAGUCUAUAGUUAACUCUUUUUGGUCCUUAUACUUUUUUGAAUAUGGCUGUUAUAUUUUUUGUUGGCUUUAAAAACUUUCUCAGUCCCCUGACUUACAAUUAAUCUAUUGCCAUAUUUUAUGCUUAUUUAUUUAAAUCUUUAACUUCCUCAGUUAACCAUGUCUGUUUAUCCCUUUCCUAGAAUUCUUCUUCACUUUCAAACUGUGAACAUUACAUUCUAUCGUGUUGUGCCACUGUGCGCUAAUGUAUCUUUUACUCAUUCAUGAACCCUGCCUUGUAAAACAUUGCCAUCCAAAAGGCCUCUUUGCCGGCUGGAUCCAUAAUAUGUUGUUCCAGGAAAGUAUCCUGAAUACGUCCUCUGAAUUUUUCCUGAUGGCUACCUCUGCCAACUUGGUUUUCUCAAAAUGCCAUAUGAUUAAUUAUUAUCUUUUUUACAUGCCCUCCUUUAUCUCCUGUCCUACAGAACAGCUACCGUUAGAGGGCCUUUGAACUACACCCACCAGUGUCUCCUUCCUUUUGUUAUUUCUUAUCUCUACCCGUGUGAAAUCUAUCUCUUCCAAUCCAAGAUCAUUUCUUACACUUGUACUCAUUCUAUCCUGUAUUAACAAAGCUAUCCCACCCCACUUUCCUUCCUGCCUGUUCUUUUUUGAAAAGUCACGUACCCCUGAAUGUUUGUUUACUUCCUAGCUUUGACCUUGUAGCCAUGUCUCCAUGUCUCCAUAAUGUCUGUAAGAUCAAUCCUGAAUUUGUGCGAUAAUUCAUUUAUUUUGUGAAUACUACAUGCAUUGACACAGAAACAUUAAUUUUGCCUUUUCAACCAGCCCUCCCAACCCCCUUUUGACUUUGACUUUGUGUUUGCAGCUUUUUCUAAUAUCUGUACACUUUUUGUCCCUCAUUAGCUCACUCUGGAUAUUAUUUAUUACUUUGAUAGCUACCCUGCAAUGCUGUCAUAUCCUUUCUCUUUGUAUGCCUAAGCAUCCCCUCUCCAAAAAUGUCCCCAGUAAUUAGUUCAGCCCCUAGUUAUUCAAUUUGCAGGGCACUAGUGAAACCCAGUCCCAUUGGAACAGUCCCCUUCUACUCCAGUAUUGAUACCAGUGCACCAUGAACUGAAAGCCAUUCCAUUCAUAUCAAUCUUUGAGCCACGCAUUUAACUCCAUCUUUAUUUACCCUAUGCUAGUUUGCCUGUGGAUUGUGUAAUAAUCCUGAGAUUAUUACUUUGGAGAUUUUGUUUUUCAGUUUAGCUCCUAACUGUUGAAAAUCUUUCAGCAGAACCUCCUUUCUAGUCCUGUCAAUGUCAUUGGUGGGUGGAUGCCGACAACUGGACCCCUUCCUUCCCCUUCAAAGUUCCUCUCCAGCCUCAAGAAACUAUCCUUAACAAUGGUACCAAGCAACUAAUACAGCCUGUGAGAUUCUCGCUCAUGGCUGUAGAGAACAGUAUCUAUUCCUCUAUUACGCUCUAUUAUGAUCAUGUACCAGGGUGCCAUGAUCAGUCGCUCAUCUUUCCUGUUGUCCCCACCUUCAUCCACACAAGAAUCUUGUAACUGUUGACCAAUUGUGAUGAAAAUAAAAACCUUGCUCUCAGCUACCAGUUACAGAUUUUAAAUGGUAGUUUUCAGUUUAAUGCCAGCCACAAACUAAUUUGUACAAACUUAAUUCAAAGGAUUAGGUUUUCCCUGGAUCUCCAAGCACUUAUACAAGUCUGCUGUUUAUUGAACUUUUUUGAAAAAGAUCUGAUGAUGUGUUAAUAAUUAGGUUUUUCUUGAGAACCAAAAAUAUUUCAGUCAUGAAUUCAGUUGAGUUUAUGUUUCAUUUAACUUGUGAACAUUAUGAAUUGUAAAUGUAACAUGGAAAGGUGUUUAUUUUAUAAAGACAAAAUCCUGUGUUAAAAUGGAAUCAGAGUAACUGCAAUUUUUUAAAAAUUCUUAGGCGUGGAAUAAAUUUAUUUUCUUAUAUGUAUAAAGGACUUAGCAUGAACGUAGAAACAUCUGAUAAACACUUGGAACUGACUUGUAUCAAAUCAUGAAAUUCAUUUUCUACCACAUAAAUAAAAGUGAGUGUUUGCAUUUUUGAA